AUGUCUUUUAGUACGCUUAUCCAGAGAAAAGGAUCUCCACUUGUUCUAUCUGUCAAGGACAAUAUCCUCACAGUUUUCCCUUAUGAGAACACAUUAAUUGAUACUACAAAAAUCGAGAGUUAUGAUCUGAAGUAUUUGUACGGUAUUGAGUUGAAAAACACACCUCCUGUACUUGAUAUCCAUAUUUGCCAUGUUAAUCAACCCGCCCAAAACGAGGACCGAAAAGAGCUAUCGAGUUCAAAACACAAGGCUGCUGUGUGGGAGCGACAUAUUUUAUCCUUCGAAGCCUUGGAUACUACAAUGUUCGCAGAUGGUUACAAAUAUCUUGGACUGGAUGCCUUUGUCAACCGUAUUCGGGCCCAAAAUUUACCCGAGUCCUCUAUCAUCGCGUCUACUCAUAUCUCAGUAAUCUUAAAUCGCCAUUCUGGUCUACGUAAUGCUUUUGAUAACUGGACUGAUAUUGUGCAACCUAUGCUUGUGAUUGCUGGGUAUAAACAGCACAACAUAACUGUUGUUGAGACCAAAGCAGACGGUAAAACCCGAGAAACUGCUAAAGAAAUAGGCAAAGCGGUUCUGGAAAACACUGUACCUACAAUCGUCAUUUGUCUCGGUGGAGACGGCACCCUUCAUGAGGUUGUCAAUGGGUUGUCAGAUGCUUACGAUUUACAGCAGACAAGUGUAAAGUCUUCCCAGAAUAACCACACACCACCUACUUUCCGAUUAGGUGUAGUACCUUCUGGAUCUGGAAAUGCAUUCUCCCUCAGCCUUAAUUUAUCCAGCAUUGAACACUCUGCAUUGCAGAUCAUCAAAGGGAAAUCCGAGAAAUUUAAGCUAAUGGAUAUUUCCUUUGGUUACUGUUCUUCCGAUUCUCCCAGAUGGUAUGAGGAUGUAACAUACAUGACCGAUAAGCAGCCAAUUCGUCUCUUGGUAGUCAUGAGCUGGGGAUUCCACGCCCAAGUUGUCUCCCAGGCCAGGAAACUUGAUUUUUCGCUUGGAAACCAGCGUUUUGGAAUGGUCGCUAUGGACUUGCUGACAAAUCUAAAAAACUAUUCGGGCCAGGUGGCCAUGAUAGGCGCUCGAAAAUACAUCAGAGCAAACCAGAAAUUUGGGAAUACAGAAGAGAAACCUAUACUAGUAGAUGGUGUUCACGACAGGCAAUUUACGUAUUUUUUGGUUUCCAAGCAAGCAUCACUAGAACCUGGUUUCAAUAUUACACCAUUCGCUUCCCAUUCGAGCGAAGAUAUGGAUGUAUUAAUGUUUCGUGAAGUAACAGCUGCCCAGCUCCAGGAGGCUAGUAUAAAAGCAUUCCAGGGAGGGCGCCAUGUGACUGAGGACGAAGAAGACCUGAUUGAAUACUACAAAACUCCAGAGUUAUUCUUACGAGUAGAUGAACCCGAUGAGCUGUGCCUGGAUGGCGAGAUUCAUGGGCUUGGGAAGGACGGUGUAGUGCAUGUAAAAAUAAUUGGACCUGAUCAAGGGGAGCCCGAAUUCGAGGCAUUUGUAUGAUCUAAUAUAUACAAAGUAUAAUAAAUAAUCCUUUGGUGUCUUU